CUCAAAGCUAGUUGUCCCCUGCAUUCAUUGUCUCUUUAUUCCACGGAAGGAUGAAGCAAAAGGUGGUCAUUGAGGUCUCGUUAAAUGGCCAUAUCUCUCAAGGCAUCAUUGAGAUGUUGAUGUGCUGCGUAAAUCAAGAGUCGAACGAAGCUACGAAGAUUAGAACGAGGGCCAUGAAGAUUGCAGUAUGCAUCCCAAGGGUAGAGUCUGCAGCAAUGGAGGGGGAGGAAAGGAACAAGCUAACAGUGAUUGGCGAAGAUAUCGACACGGUGACUCUUGUCAAAUUGCUUAGGAAGAAUGUGUGCUUCGCGAAGAUCGUGAGUGUUGGCCCUACAGAGACUGUCAAAACUGCCGAGGACAAGAAUCAGGCGGCUGUGCAUCCCAUAUGCUAUAAUCAUGUGCCUCAUUAUCAAUUAUUGGAAAUCAGAGAACCCUACUAUACCCCCUCAUGUUUCAACUUUUGA